GGCGGCGGAUCCCAACCUAAAAAGUCUUCCCAUCGUGUUUCCGUGUCUCUCCAUUCGCAUCGGGAAAUCCCAUCCUUCUAGUUUCGUCAUUUCUUAUUCACCAACCAGUCCACUGGGAUUUUAAAACUCAAUUUUCACUCCAUUCCCACCGGAAACUUCCAUCUUUCUCAUAUUCCAGUUUAGUUUCGGCAUUUUUUAUUCACCAAUCAGUCCAAUGGAUUUGUUCUCACUUAUCAAUCUGUUGAUGCUUCUCCUCUCCAGAAAGGAUAACGAUGUUUUCUUGAGUUUUAGCCACCAUGACAUUGGCAAGAAUUUUGGUGAUCAUCUCUACAAAGACCUCAAUUCUGCUGGGAUUCGCACUCUUAGAGAUGAUGGUGGAAUCUACGCAGGACAAAAGUCUGAUAUCAAGAAACCUAUACAGGAAUCCAGGAUAUCGGUUGUUGUGUUCUCUAAAGGCUAUGCUUCUUCAACAAAGUGCCUGGACCAGCUUGUGCACAUCAUGGAUGCCAGGAAUAAAACUGGGCUCGUUGUGCUUCCCGUUUUUUAUAACGUUGAUCCGUCGGAGGUCAGUGAACAGAAAGGGUUGUUUGAAGAAGCAUUUGCUAAACACGAAAAGAGCUUCCAUAAGGAAAUGGCUAGAGUGGAAAGUUGGAGGGCCGCUCUUAAAGAAGCCGCAGACCUGGCAGGAAUGGUGCUGCAGCAAGACAGCUUCCGCGGCAAAGACACUCGCAGGAACUUCACCGACCACCUGUACAAAGCGUUAUCUAGAGAAGGGAUUCCCACUUUCAGAGACGACGAUGGAAUACGGAGAGGAGAGAACAUUGAGUUAGAAAUCAAGAAAGCAGUUCAAGAAACAAAACUAUCCAUUAUUGUGUUUUCUAAAGAGUACGCUUCUUCGAGAUGGUGUCUUGACGAGCUAGAGAUGAUCAUGGAACGUAGAAGAACUGUUGGGCACAUAGUGUUUCCAGUUUUCUACGAUGUUGAUCCAUCUGAGGUGGGGACCCAAACAGGGAGGUAUGGUGAAGAGUUUGCUAAGCAUGAGAUACAUUUCAAGGACCGGGUGGAGGGGUGGAGGAAGGCUCUUAAAGAAGUUGCAUACAUGGAAGGAAUGGUCUUAGAAGACGGGUACUAGCUUCUUUUUUUCUUCGAAAUUUAUUACAUCGGUAGCUUAUAUUUUUGAACCAGCUAAGCAUUUAGGAAUACUUAAUUUGACCUUGAUCAUUCGAUACACGAACAUCACGGUUGAGCCACGUAGCUAGGCGGUUGUUUUUUCUUGGUAGUUAACAUGUGAGAAGACAUUCAAUUACCUGGAACCAUGAUUGCCAACUAUCCUAGGGGAAAAGAGUUUGACGAGAAUGAAAGAAAUCUUGCAACUUACUGGAGAAACGAUGACAUUGAAGGGAUGUUGUUGGACAUUUCAGAAAUUAUUUUUGAAAGUAAAUUAAAUUCCAGAGUCUUCGCAAGGAAAUCCAAACUCAGAUUGCUCAGGAUUUAUAAUUCUGGUGUUCAAAAUAACUGUAAAGUGCACCUUCCUCAGGGCUGGCGUCAAGUUCCUUUCAUAGGAGAUGAGAUGCUGCACUGGGAUGAAUAAUUGUUUUUGGUUCUUUAUGAUAACUACAAGACGCUAUCAUUUAGAGAGGAAA